UUUGAAGCAACAAAACCUAUCACCAAUCUCAAGUUCGUUAAUGUUAAUGCACCGGUUAAAGAGAUGACUUCCAGACUAUUGAUUUUAAUAGCUUUAAAAUUCUUUUUGAUCCUUAUAAAUGCGAAGAUUCGCCCAAAAACAGACUUAAGUAUAAUCGAUGGACAAGGAUUUGUUGCUUAUUUGGAUAAAGAAGAAGAGAGCUUUGGGACCAUUAGUAAAUGUUGGUUUAAAUUUCAGGCAGAUGAUAAUAUGACCGAAAUCGAUUUGAAUUCAAGUGAAUCUAUUAAAACAGUUCGUGGAGAAGAAAUACGAAAGUUUUCCCAAACACAAUGUGGAAUUCGUGUAGACAAGGUUAAUAACGAUUCAAUUGGGGUUUGGACUUUGCAAGCAAUGAAUCAUUCGGAGGUAUAUGUCAAUGGUUCUAUAAAAAUACGAAUUCUAACAACUCCACAAAUGGAACUGUAUACGAUAUUGGAGAAGCCAUUGGGAAGAAACACUAUUUCUUGCACUAAACAAGACCACACAAGAGCAUGUAGAUUGAUUAAUAAUUCGUCUAAGGAAUCAUGGAAUCAAUGUGAAAUGUCUCUGAGAAAUAUCAACAAUGGUAGUAGUUUUGAGUGUCGCACUUUGACCUGGGGUGGCAUGGAUGAGAGUAUAGAAAAAAUAAGUGUCCAAACAACUGUCGUAAGUUCGACUCAAUAUUCUGAGGCGCAAAUCGAAGAGACUGAAGACCACUAUGUUUUGCGUUGUUUGAUGAAAUCCACUCCGGUGCAGGAAUGUCGAGCUGAAAUGCCAGAUCGGAUAACUCAGCUGUAUAUAGCAGAUGGCUUGAGCAAUGGAAGAUAUUCUACAUAUGACACACAGUUAUCUCAAUCUAAAUGCGCUUUAGAGAUACCAAAACCCCUUGAACAGUCCGAGAAUGGCCUUUGGAAAAUAAUUCAACAUUCCAAUUCCGGGUUACUUGGAACUGGAGCUGGAGUUGGAGCUGGUUGUCUCUUUUAUGUCGGUACUUCAAGUAAGGAAACCAUCAUCAAAGAGGAACUCAAACGCCAGCAAGAACAAGAUGAGGAUAAUAGCAUCAACAGUAGUUAUCAAGACCAAAAUCAUCGGGAGAAAGAUGAAAAUGCGGAUGAUGAUGAAAAGAAGGAGGUUGGGAAGGGGGACAAAGACUCAACCAUUCUGCUUCGUGGACGAAGGAUUGAAUUGUACUCGACCGAAAGUACAAUUUCCGAAAUAACGUGUACGGUACCGUUUGUUGUGGACGAUUGCUAUCUGAGAGAUCCCAAGAACAUUGUCCGUUUUCCGGAUAGUGGAAGAUUUCAACGGACUCGUGCCCUUGGCAUUUGUACAUUCAUCAAUGUGCAAAGUAUGCCUGGCAUAUGGUCGUGUGGUCUACGAGGAUCCGAUUACAAGGACGAUGUUGUCCAGGAUAUUGAGGUUUGUGUUGAAUCGAAACUAGGUCGGGUGGUUACUGGCGUUAUUAGGAUUGCACAGCGUGAGCCUCUGGAGGUAAUGUGUAAGUCCCCGUUUGAAGAACCAAUUUCUAAAUGCGUAUAUGUGAGUCCUGCAGGUCAGGUACACUUGGUGGCUAGCAAUACUGGAGGCGUAAGGAUGACAGGCCGUGUUCAAUACUUUGGCGAAGGUAUUGAUAGAGGUUUUUGUGGAAUGCGUAUCGUUGCAGUUAGUGUAGAUGAUUUUGGAGACUGGAGCUGCCAAUUUCAGAACGUUAACAAUGGGGCGACUUUAUCAAAUUUUACAAUCACCGUUAAAGAGAAACCUAAAUCACAGGUGUCUUGGCAGGUGGUCCUUGGGAUCGUUCUAGGAGCUUUAAUCGUCGGGGUGAUUUUAAUUUCUGUUAUAGUUUUUGGAUACAAGAAACUCCGGCCAUCAUCAGCAGCAUCACCAUCACCAUCGAUUAACCCCAAUCCAUCAGAUCAAAUUGAAGCUAUAGAUAUGUCAGUUCGAGAAUAAAAGCUGGCUGUGCUAAAAACUCAA